AUGAGUAGUCCAAAUUUCAAACUGGGUUAUUGUCGCAUAGAGUCGACGGAGAAGCUAUUCUUCUCCGUGUUAUGCUCUUUGAGUGCAGAGUUUGUGCCCUUCACGAAUAAAAUUUCAUUCCUAUCGGUACUUUUGGAGUUUCAUGCUUAG